AUGCAGGCGGGGGACAUCGUUGCCGCGAUUGACUUGGGGACCAGCCGCACGGCCUAUGCCUACACGGUCGUGGGGCGGGAGCACAUCUGGCUUGGGGUUCCGGACUCCCCCGACGAUGACCGCAACGUGGAGCGGAAGACCCUGACGGCGGUGUUGAUGCAGCGGUGCGACGAGGACGAGGCGGAAGGUGGGUGGCGAGUGGCGGGGUUCGGGGACACGGCGGAGGAGGACUACCUGACGGCUAAGGCGGACGAGGCCGAUGAGGACAGAGGCAGCCUCGUCCUCUUCAAGUUCUUCAAGAUGGAACUCUACCAAGGAGGGCGGGAACAACGGGCGCGCAUGGACGUUGACGAGCCAACGGCGAAGGCUGUCGGGGGAGAGGUUCUGCCGAUGAUCUUCGUGGUCAGCAAGGCGAUUGAGUACAUCAAGAACCAGAUCCUCGACAGGGUGUCGAUGAUCGCGCAGGAAGACGACGCUCGGCUGAUGUGGGUGGUGACGGUGCCGGCCAUCUGGUCCAACUUCGGGAAGCGGUUCAUGCGAGCGGCGUCGCACCGGGCGGGUCUCAUCGCCGACGAGAACGACAUGCAGGGGCUCAAGCUGUGCCUGGAGCCGGAGGCGGCCUGCUUGGCAGUUGAGAGCUCCAACCAGGGGGUGGGGUCGUGGCACCCGGGGGACAAGAUAAUGGUGCUGGAUUGCGGCGGCGGGACUAUCGAUAUCACGUCGCAUCUGGUGGAGAGCUCGGACCCGCUUCAGCUUAGCGAGCUGGCAGAGCCUUGCGGUGGCGCUUGGGGGAGCUCCAUCGUAGACACGCGUUUCAAGGCGUUCCUUCAGGAGUUCUUCGACAAUGCUUCAGGAGGGAUGACGCGGUUGGAGGGCACACACGAGCUGUUUGCUGUCACAGUGGAGUGGGAACGGCAAAAGACACGCUUGGCGAGGGGAGCAUCUUUGCGCGUUAGCAUCGGGGACAUCGCUGACCUGCUAGAGUUGUCGCCCCGCGAGAUCGAAGAGCUGAGGAAAUUUCACAACGACCCCAAGCCGAAGGAGCUGCACGUUGGGGGGACUCGAAGGAACCUCGUGCUUCCACCCGCACUCGUAGAGAGCUUCUUCCGGGGCGCCAUCACCGCCAUCAAAGACGAGGUGGGAACGCAGCUGUCCACACCGGACCUCCAUGACCUGUGCUACAUCUACAUGGUGGGAGGGUUCUGCGCCAGUCCCCUGUUGCAAGACGCCAUUCGCGAGGAGUUCGACGACCCCGGGAGGGAUCUCAAGGUCGUGGUGGCGCCAAGGCCAGGCCUCGCGGUGGUGACGGGGGCGGCUUUGUUCGGCGCAAGGGGAACGGGGGCGUUUGUAUCGCGAAAGGCGCGCCUGACUUACGGAGUGAGGGGAUCGAGGCGGUUUGACCACAACGACCCGGAGCACGUGUGCCGCGAAGAGCAAGCGGUGGUGCUAGGGGACGGCAGUCGAGUGCUGCACUACUUCCGGCCGGUGGUGGAGAAAGGAGGCGAUGUGCCGGUUGGGCACGUCGUCGAGAAGCCCCUUGUGCCCAUGCACGAAGCGCAGGUGUUCGUGGGUCUACACUUGCUCGUCACGCGCCAAGAGGCGGUGUUGUACCUUAAGGAUGUCGGGGUGCUGGUGCAAGAAAUCGCCUCGGUCAGGGUACCGGUGGACCAUGCGGUGCCAUUGCGCGAGCGCGGGGUGGAGGUGAGGAUGGAGUUUGGAGGCACCGAGAUUGCGGUGUCGUGCUACAAGCAGCACGACGGGGACAAGCUGCUCGAUGCCAAGGUCGACUUCCUGGAGGAUUUCGACCCCGGCGCGCUUGAAGGAGACGUGGAUGGGGACGACCACCGCAAUACCAACGGUGUCUACGAUGGCGAAGACGAGCCAAACCCCAGCCCGUACUCUCGCCAGGCGUAUUGAAUUAUUGAUCUGACGUCCUUUCUUUCUCUCUCUCUCUCUCUCUCUCUCUCUCUCUCUCUCUCUAUCUAUCUAUCUAUCUAUCUCUCUAUCUAUCUCUCUAUCUCUCCAUCCUUGUUUAUUGGAGUGAUGCCCCGGCCUUCACGCCAGCAGCCGCAUUCAUGGAUACGAUGCCCGGUUUUUUCACGCCAGUACAGCAGCAGCAGCAGCAGCAGCAGCAGUCGUGUCGUGGUAACGAGAAGAGAGACAGGGCUUUGGUCGCUGCGUCCCAAUGCUUGUGAACGUCUCCCGCAUUGGUUGAUUGCUUUUAGUCGUUUCGAUUGAUGCUUGCCUUCAUUGCCCGGGGAGCUGACUACGUAGUAGGCAAGUGUCUGAUUCAUUGUUUUUGGAUGGAGUUCUCCUACAAUAUGCGCAUGUCAUGCCCUCUUGGUAAUUGUCACGUUGGUUGCUGUUUUUUCCGAUUUGGCGGGUGCGCCAUCUGAGGAACGGGGGGGUGUUCAAUAGCCGGUGUAUCGUUGUUGCGGUCCGUAAGUCCUGAUGGGUCGGUCAGCAGACCACAUUGGUUAGGGCGCGGUUCGUCUGAAGUUAAAGUAUAUAGAUCGAUGCGGGGCUGAUGUUUCUUUGUCUUUGGGGGGAGGGGGGGGUUGGCAUGGUUUCAUGAGGUUGACGGCUGAAUUUGUCUCGAGCGUUGUCUGGUGGGCGUGUAGGUCCUCCUCUUGUUGUAGUUUCAGUUACGGUAGUAGUAGCUUGGUUUUUCCAUUGGGUUUGCUGGCGAGUGGGUUGUGCGGAAGCUUCUUGUAGAGGGGAAUGCAAGUUUCGAUUGCGCUGUUGCCUGUAGCGUCGAUGCUUUCGGUCGCCGUGACUUAGCGAUUCAUGGUUAUGGCACAGCACCCCUAACGUGCCCAUUGGCGACGGAUGUGAUACGUCUUCGAGAGGACGAGGGAUAGCCAAUACUUGCCUGGGUGCAGUUUGGCCAAGAAGCGUGCUCCAUCAAUCGUUAUUGACGGAUUGAUAUUGCUUUCGUUUGAGGCCGUGCCUCGUGACAGCUGUCGGUGUUGGGGGUCCCAUGGUGCCAUCAACGAGUAUCGCAGUUUCAUGUUCGCGGUAGACACCCCCCCCCCCCCGUGGUGUUUUGCGGUGCCAAGGCUGUUGGCGGUUGCAGCAGCUAUACUGUUGCAGCAGUAGACCGAGGUGCGGCUGUUUCUUCCGAAACAUCCAAGGCGGACCGACAGCAGUCUCGUAUGUAUGGACUGGCUACCUCUGUAGCAUUGAUUGAUACUUAUAUUAUAAAGUGAUCCUAUCUGCCUCUUUGUCUCGACGGAGCUAUACUAGUCUUAAUUAAGUGGGCAGCGCGAGCAAGCUCUGAUCGCG